AUGAAUAAUUUGCUAUCUUCUACAAAGAAAAUAAAUCCUGUAUCUGAUUCAGCAGUAAUACAAGCAAUGCAUUUAUCAACUUCUGACAAAGUUUUACCUAACAGCUAUAAUUCACAAUUAAGUCCUUUAUAUCAGCCCACUUGCCAUUUUUGUGGGUUGUUUGGUUCCUUACGAUGUAUCCAGUGUAAGCAGGUCAGUUACUGUUCUGCAAGUUGUCAGAUGAAAGAUUGGCAAAUACAUAAUAAUGUCUGUAAGCCAACUAAAGCGAAUACAAAUAAAGCUGAAUAUCAUAGAGAAUCAUUGGAUGAAAGCAAUAAAAAGGAAAAUAUAUUACCAGCAAAUACUAAAAAUGUAGCACAAGGGAAGAAAAUAAUGCUAUCUGAUCUGAAUAAUUUAGGACUUAAGAAAAAUAUGACAAUCAAAGGUACAAUAACAGAUUUUAAUAAUCCUAGUGAAUUCUACAUACAAGUCAAUUCUCCUGAAGUUCAAAGUAAUAUUAGAAAACUAACAGUGAAACUGAAAAAUUACAAGGGAAGUAAUCAAGAAUAUACUCCUGUCAAAGGAGAAGUUGGUGUUGCAAAAUAUACUCUGGAUCAGACUUGGUGCAGGGUACUCAUAAAAGAGAUAGAUAUCAUUACAAAGAGCACUCAAGUACUGUAUAUUGACUAUGGAAAAAGAGAAAAUAUACUACUACACAAAAUUAAAGGAUUGCCCGAAGAUAUUUCACAGAUCCCACCCUGCGCCAUUAAGUGUCGCGUUGCUAAUGUUCUUGAUGCAAAACAGUGGAAUGAAAGCUACAAGAAUAUUAUUGCUCCAAUUCUUAUAGGAAAAUAUUGUUCAUUAAUUAUCACUGAUGUUUUGAUGGAAGAUAUGCCCUGUUUUACAGUAGAUGCUGUCUUGUCAGAUUAUGGUAAACACUUGCAUGAAAUUAUUUUGGAAAAUAUGCAUGACCGGAAUGCAAAGGAGAAGGAUAUUAAGAAGGAAACUUCAGUUAUAGAUCAUACUGUGGGAAAAAAAUCAGUUCUAGAAAAUAAAGUGGAAUGGAAAGAACUGGAUCAUACUGAUUGCUUAACUCCAAAGAUUGUCUCAGUAUCUACAGGACAUACAUUUUUUGGCAUGGUUGCCCACGUACAAAACCCAGGAAUUUUUUUUUGUCAACAGACAGUAAAUGGCUGCAAACUUUCUCAACUUCAAGUAUCCCUACGUGAAUAUUGUGAAAAUACCUCGAUCACCCCAGAUUUUUGCCCAGCAGUAGGAGAUGUGUGUUGUGCUCAGUUUACAGAAGAUAACCAGUGGUAUCGUGCAACAGUAAUAUCCUUUAUUUCAGAGAAAAUGGCUUUAGUGGGAUACAUAGAUUAUGGAAACGUUGAAAUGCUACAGUUAAAUAGACUUCGACCAAUUGUUCAGAAAUUAAUGGAAUUACCAAUGCAAGCUAUGAAUUGUACCCUAGCAGGGGUGAAACCAGUAUCUGGGACCUGGUCGGCAGAAGCAACUUUUGCCAUGAAGCAACUGGUCCAGAAUAAAGUGGUUGCCAUAAAAGUCACUGACAAGAAAAUGAACACUUUUGUUGUAGAAAUUACAGAUAAAUCUGUGACUCCAUCAAUUAAUAUAUCUAAAUGUCUUUUAGAGUUAGGUUAUGCAGUGGAAGAAGCACCUAUUGUUUUGAAACAGAAUGAAACAAUGAAAGAAACAAAUGGUGAAAAGCAGGAGCCUGUUAAUUGGUCUUGGGUCACAUUAACAGAUAAACAGGUGGUAAAUGUCAUGGUCUCUGUGUUGUACAACCCCAGCAAGUUCUAUUGCCAGUUAUUAAACGAAGACGAUUUGAAUGCCCUUAAAGAACUCAACUUAUCUUUAGCAGAGUACUGUGAGAAAACAAAACCCAACGUUUCCCAAGUAAUAAAAGGGAUGAUAUAUGGUGCUUAUUUUUCCGGUGAUGGUAGAUGGUAUCGUGCCCUUGUAAAAGAUGUCAUUUCACUUGAAGUAAUUAAAGUUCAGUUUGUAGAUUAUGGAAAUUAUGAAGAAAUUGCUCUAGAUAAAAUUAGACAGAUUUCAUCUACAUUCUUGAAACUUCCCUUUCAGGGAAUCAAAUGUUGGCUUUCAGGUGUGAGACCCAUAAAUAACAAAUGGACGACAGAAGCUAUAACAACCUUUCAGAUGUAUGCAACUGAGAAAAAGUUGAAGGCUAGAGUAAUUUCUGUAGUGAAGAAUGGUGUUGAAGUGGACCUUAUUGAUAAUUCUAAUAGCAUUCCCAUGAUCAGUGAAAUAUUAAUAAAGAAGCAUUUGGCUUUUAAAGAAGACUUAAUAUUAAAUCCAAAUACAUUACCAUGUACAUCUACCACCAUGCAGUGGACAAUGCCAACAUUUUCUAUUGGUGAGACAUUAUCGGCUCUUGUAUUAGAUGUGGUAGAUCCUGGCUUAUUUUAUGUUAUACCAAAAGAAAUGAAAGUGGAUUUAGAAAAGCUUGAAAAACUAAUGAUUGAACUUGCGGACUAUUGCUGUGCUGAAAAAGAUAGCAUCUUCCAACCAAAGAUUGGUGAACCCUGUUGUGCCAGGUUCUCAGGUGAUGACAAAUGGUACCGUGCUCUUGUUUUGGAAAUAAAUGUAUCCGAAGUCAAAGUAGUAUAUGCCGAUUAUGGAAAUGUGGAAAUGUUGCCUUUCUCUAGACUUCAGCCUAUAACUUCCCCCUACUUACAAUUGCCAUUUCAAAUACUUAAAUGUUCCUUAGCAGGUAUUAUGGGACGGGAUGGAACGUGGUCCAUAUCAGCAAUAGAGAAGCUGAAUAGUCUCUUAAUGAAUAAACAUGUCAUAAUUACAGUGAAAGACGUUACUCAAAAUAUUUAUACAGUAAUUGUGCAAAAAAAGAGUGAAAAUCGUGUUGUGGAUAUAGCAGAACAGUUAAUAAUUGAAAACUUGGCAAAAUACAGCAGUAAUGGGAAUCAAUGCUUAAAGACAACAGAUUGCUGCUGUACUGAGUUGAAAAAGCAAGUUGCAAAACUUGAACAGGUUCUUUAUUUUCUUCUGAAAGAUCGCUUUGGUGAAGAUAACAUUCCUGACAUUAUAAAAUCCUUUGAAAUAUAA